AUGGAAUUUAUCGAGGUGACAAACGUCACGUUUCCCGUAGGAGUCGAGCAUACUCGGCGCACGCUUUUGAGGGUGUUCGAGAGGGUGCCAUCUGUGGAGGACAUUGUGGUGGACGUGCGAGAGGGUCGGGCGAUGAUCUCCUUCACAGAAUCGUCGGCGGCACAGGAGGCGUUGAUAUCGCUCGACGGUUUUCCACUUUUUGGACGGGCGCUGUGCCUGAGUGUCUCACCUCCCCCGGCUUCACCGAUUCGUGGGUACAUUGUGGCAACAAAGCCGUCAAAGUAUCUUCUUGUGCGCAACGCGCCGUAUCUGGCGGUGGUGGUGAAGCUGAAGCACGUUGCCGGUGUUGUCGCCGUCACAUCGGCUGGGGUGAACAGUUGCUUUGUCGUGGCAGAGUCUGUUGAGGAUACGAUGCUCGUGAAGAAUGUGCUGCUGUCCCAUCCCAGCAGAUGGGGUACUGACGUGUUUGUCUCCUACCUGCGAAGGCUCUCGUGA